CCACGAACAACGACUUGAACAAAACAAACGAUAUUGAAUUUGAAUUAAAUAUACAUGUAGUUGGAACUAGCUCUCCUGCGGCCGUCCCAUUUCGGCUUCACUUCUGUUUUCUCCCGUCAUGGAGGUACGGUGGUACUCGGCAACCACAGAGUAUCUGAACACUGUCACACACCUAGGGUCAGCCUCCCUUGAACCUGCACCUUUGGCCCCAGGUCCCGCACCACACUGUGCUCAGUACAAAAGCGAGUGGUUAGAUCAGUCCCAGAAUGAUUUUUGUGAGUUGCGGCAUUAUUAGUUCUGCAUCAUCGUCAAGCGCCAUGGUUAGAUAUGUACUACACUACUUCCGUUUUCACGGACGAGCCGAAGCUACUCGGCUCGCUUUUAAGCUGGCAGGAGUCGACUACCAAGAGAAAUAUAUAGAGUGGCCGUCAGCGGAAUGGGAAGAGUGUAAACAAAGAUACCCAACGCAGCAAGUACCGGUGUUGGAAGUUGACGGGAAGAUCAUUGGACAGAGCAAAGCCAUCCUGCGAUAUGUAGGCAGAGAAUUCGGGCUUUAUGGUAAGACGUCUUUAGAUGCAGCCUACAUCGACCAAGCUAUUGACACGGCAGAGGAUAUCUGGGCAGCAGUCAAUGACACGUACGUGGGAACCAAAGAACAACAGGCGGCAAAAACAAAGACAUUUCUGACGGAGGUUGUUCCGCCAGUCUACGCAUCGUUAGAUCGCCAAUUCGCUGUGGAACCGGCUGGAGAAUAUAUUGUCGGAAAUUCGAUAACGAUCGCUGACCUCUUCUUCUUCACUGCGGUGGAUUUCGUCAAUUUCGUCUCCAGGGGCGCCAACUCCUUGGAAAAGUUCCCCAAGCUUACGACCCUCAAGAGUCGUAUCGCCAGUGAUCCCAAGAUAGCGGCGUGGCUUGCAGAGCGACCGCCUGAACCGCCCUACCAACCCGAAUAAAAAGACGGUGGCUUUGCAACGUGAUGUUUUCAAGCCAUUUUAAAUAGACCAUGGCUUUCGCCAUGGUCUAUUACAUAGACUAGUGGGAGGGGGGGGGGGGUAUUUGCAGAAUUGGCAUCAUAUUUUGUACAGUCCUGAAAAAAAGUUUUGACAGACCUCCACAAUAAUUAUUAUAUGCGAUUGUA